AAUAAGCAACUGUGACCACGCCUACUUGUUAAACUGUCCACACCUUUUUUCUAAUUUGUUAGAUAAAAUGGUGGAAGAAGAGGAAGAUCAUAACUCUACUCUUAACGGAGGAGAAGAAUUCUCUCAUUCGUCCGAAGAACGUUUAGAAUAUGACUUGACCUCUUCAAUAUCGAGCGAGAUAGAGACACCAGGUACUAGACCUACUCUGACCAGUGCUGGACGGAUAUCACCGCAUCGUGUCAGAUCAUUGAGAGAUCAAGAAUCACAAUUGCAAGAAUUAAAAAAAGAGAAUUUUGGUCUAAAAUUGAGGAUAUAUCAUUUGGAAGAAGCACUGAGAAAAAGACACGGGGACACUAAUGAAGAUUGGGAGAUGAAUAUUCAAUUGAAUGUUCAAGUUGACGAGAUGAAGCAAGAAAUGGCAGACAGAGAGUCUUUAUUAACAGAUGCCAAAAAUGCAAUUGAUGCCUUGGAUAGAAAAGUCAAAGAAUUAGAGAAUGAGCUCCUAAUGGCCAACAAAUCAUUAGCUCAAGUCCAUCAGUUGCAAGACACCAUAAGACAAUUACAACAAGAGGCAAGGGAAUAUCAACUGAGUUUAAACGAAGCACAGAGACGAGCUGCUGAAGAGAAGGAGAGAGGGGAUAAUUUAGAAAACGAGUUAAUUGAAUUAAGAGAACAAUUAAAGAACAUGCAACCACAGGUCCCAUUAAAAACUACUGCUAAUGUUAAAGUACAAACAAUUGAACCAGUGAAUGAAGAAUUGAAGGCACUGGAGGAGGAGCUAAAGAAGAUUAAGAAUGAGUUGGAUGAAUCAAGAGAAGCCUGUGACGUCAAAGACAAGAAAAUACAAGAGCUCGAAAUGGAGGUCCUCCGGGUCAGUAAUCGAAUGGCUGCCAUGGCAACAGACCAUGCCCAACAGAUGCAGACACUGACAGAUGAGAUCCAUCAACUCAAAAUACGGUUAGAUGAGAAAAAUGAUUUGUUGCAGAAGAGAGACAACGAGAUCAUUGAAUUGAACCGACAGUUAAGAGAACUCCAGAGACAACUGAGAGAAGAGGCUGAUACUAAUAACCACCUGAAGAACAAACUAACUGUAGCUGAGGAGGAGAACCAAGAGAAAGAGAGAGAAAAUGAAGAUUUGCGUAGAAAGUUGCGCAAUUUAAAAGACGAAUUGGAAGACUUGAGAAGCAAAAUAGCCGGACUGGAGAGAGUCAUAAGAGAGAAGGAUGAAGAAAUUGAAAAUUUGAAACGACAGUUAAGGCACAGAGAUACAGAAAUUGAGGGGCUCAAGGCUUCAUUGUCACAGCUGAGAGCUGAGUUGGCGGAAAAGAAUAAAUCAUUAUCAGCUGCAAGAACUGCAGCACACAGUACCAACAUCAGCUCACAGGAGAUAUCAUAUCAAGUUACUGAAUUAAGAUCAGAAAUCGAAAGAUUAGAAGAAAAACUGAGACAAGAGACACACCUCAAAGAAAAGGCAGAGGCCGAUUUGCUUGGCAGAGACGAAUUAAUCAUUCAAUUAAGACAAAAUUUGAAAACAGCACAAGCCAGACUAAAUGAUCUUGAGAAUAGACUGUUGGAAGCAACUACAGCACAUGCAGCUGAAAAAGGGAUAUUGGAAGCAACCAUUGAGGAUUUGAAUAAGCAACUAGAACAAAAAGAAGCUGGUAUGAGAUCAUUAAGAAGUGACAUUGCUCAGUUAAGAGGAGAGAAUGAUGCACUGAGGAAAGAGCUGGACAGACUGAGAGGAGAAGUCAUUAGGCUACAGUCUAUCAUUGAUCAGUUGGAACAGAAAAUUAAAGAGAAAGACUUACUGCUGGAACACUCACAAGCGACUAUCAGUAGCCUACAGAGGGUACUGGAUGAACUGAGUAAUGACAGGAACAAAGGGAAUGUGUCAUCAGCUGAAAUGGCCAGACUCCAGUCAUUAUUACAGGCACAAGAGCAGGCACUGAACAGCAAAGAACAAGAAAUCAACAACUUAAAACAAGCCAUUGAAACCAAAGACGAAAUAAUACAAGAGCUGAAAAUACAUUUGGGUAAAGCCCAGACUGAAAAACAGAAAUUAGAGGAAGUUAUUAUACAAUUAACGCAAGAAAAGGAGGAGCUUAAGGCUAGGCUAGCUGAGCUUGAGGAUAAUUCCAUUAAUAAUUUAGCGUCUGCUAAGAGAGUGAUGGAGGAGCUACAGGAGCAGGUCCACAGGCUAGAGGCACAGAUAAAGGAGAUGAGUCAAUCACCUCAUAAAGUAGCCGUCAGUGUCGAGACCACACCCAAAACCACACCUACUAAAGACCAAGGUGGAUCACCUGGUUCUAGUUCAACAACGAUGAUAUUCAGUGGAAUGUCCGAGAAGCUAUUGUUGCUGAUUCUCCAAAAACUUGACGAACUCUCUCGUGAGAUAUUAACAGGAAGAACAGAAGGCACCAUAGCCAACAGUUCUUUAGCUUCCAAACUGGACGAGCUCUCAAAGCUACAGAAGCAGUUGAAGUCAUUACUGAAGAAGAGGAGAGAGGGAGGAGGGGAAGACGAAGUAGACAUCGGAAUAAAGAGAACAGAAUUAGAGGAACUCCAAGAAACGAGCGAGAGAAUAAUAACGGAAUUAGAGAGAGAAAGAGAGAGGGUUCUAGCAGAAGGAGAAGAGAAGGAGACUCUCUUAACGAUGUUAAGGUCCGAGCUAGCGGAGACUAAACGACAGUUACUGGAGAGUCAACUGGCGAAUGGUCGAAUGGACGAAGACUUGAGACGACUUAGGGAGGAGAUUAGACGCCUGCGGUCUCAGCUUGACGACGAGGAAGGAAAAUCUCGUAAAUUGAGGAUAGAACUCAUGGAAUCACGUCUGUCCUCACUCCGUAAUCCACCCACGGUUCAUAACGAGGGGGUGGGGUCAGUGACAUCACUACCAGAUCUAAAUCGGGAUGGGCGUGGUCAAGAGAGAUGGACGACGUCUAGUUUCACCUUAGGUGGAGAACAACCCGACCUUAGCGAACUUAUCGAAAAACACAGAGAAGUGACAAGACUUAAUAAAGAACUACAAAAGAAAUGUGAAGAGAGACUCCGAACUUCAUCAGGAGGACGAGAAAGAGGAGGAGGAACUACAAGUGAUAGAGAGAGGAGUUACUGGGAGAGUAGGAUUAGGGAGGCGGAGUCGAAGGGAAGGAGAGAGAAGAGAGAGCAAGAGAAGCUGUUCAAUGCUCGGACGAGACUGCUGGAGGAGAAACUGAUUGAGAGCGAAAAGAGGCGGCAAAUAUUAGAAGAGCAGCUGGAAUCAGCUGUACAGAAGGAAGAGGAGAUAGAGAGUUUGGUGACUUCAUUGCAAACGGCAGACGAAAAGAAGCGAUUGCUUGAGAUAAAGUUGGAGGAGAUACUGACAGAAAAGAAUAAUAAAAUCUCAGAGCUUGAGCAAAGGAUAAUUGAACUGCAGGAGAAUCAAGGGAUGUAUUCGCCUGUAACUGAUGGAGAAUUACGUAAUUUAAGAAAAAGUAUAUCUUCUCUAAGAAAAGAGAAAUCUCUUCUCAUAUCUCAACUAACUUCUUGUCGUGAGCAAGUCAUUUCCCUUCAGUCGGAAAUAGAACAGCUUCAAAGAGUGAGGGACAGUACUGGAGGUAGCCCUGCCUAUAGGCGGAGCCUCUCAAUAGAGAGUCUACUGGAACAGAUCAAGCAAUUACGUAGACAACUGGAACAAAGUUUGGAUAAUAACAGCUCACUUCAUGAUAUACUCCUUAAUGCUAGUCAGGUAUUGGAUAGUUCCCAACACACUAGAGCAUCAACAGGCGGAGUGGGAGGGGCCACUGGUCUCUCUCCUUGUUCGAGUCCUCCAUUAGGCCACACCCCCUUUGUACCAGGAGCCGCCUCCACUGCUAACCCGGGGAGAUCAAGAACACGUGUUACCGUGGAAACCAGUUCGCACCAAUUGGAGGAGAGGAUUAGGAGAGCUCUGAAUUCGCCUAACUGUGGGUCAAUGGAUAAAGGUUUCCUCAAUGAGUUAUUGCUGUACUUGCAACAACAGAGAAGACAGUUAGAUGAUAGUCAGCGAUUACUGAACGAGCUACAGCAGCAACAAGAAGGAAUACCAUCAGUAUCUCAUAUAACACUCUCAUCACACUAUCAGGAGAAUGGAGGAGGGGGCGGGGCAGGGGGAGGAGCUGAUGAUGUAGAUGGUAGCAGGGUGUCAAGUCGAGCAUCAUCAAUUGAUUUAUCAUUAAUUAAUGAACAGCUUCAGAGAACACAUGAAGCUAUCAAAGAGUCUAAGAAAUUUCUUAAAAAUCAGCGAAGCAAUAAAUUAUAGUUUACCAGUUUUUCAGCAUUUUUGAACUAUUGAUUUACAAUUAUUAUUAUUGCAGAAAUUGUUGCAGAUUUUCAGGUUUUAUUAAUUAUUAUUAAUAACUAGAA